AUGCCUGCGGCCUCAGCGCUGCCCACGCGCUUCCCGUGUUGGUGCAGAGCCGUCUAUUCAUGGGGAGGAGAGUCACAGCGGGACCUCGGCUUCAUCGAGGGCGAUCUAAUAGAAUGUCUGAAUGCAGGAGAUGGAUCAUGGUGGACCGGGAGGCUAAGAAGGAACAAGACAGUCGGCAUAUUCCCGUCCAACUUUGUUGAGGUUCUCCCAGAAAGUUUUCGACCUGUCAGCAGAUCUACAAGUCCCUUGACCAAUAGCAAUACACCGAGUCCGACGAGUACCGCAAUCCAAAAGGCAAAGUCGAAACCCUUCAGAAAGCCAUUCGAGGCUUAUGCGAAAGCGCCUCACUACACCACCGCCAAGCAGCCAGAAGUCUACAAAGACAUGCCAGAACGCAAGAACUCGCAUAACUCGAUCCAGCAGCAACAUGAGACGCGGCCGCAAAGAGCCAAUUCUGACAUAUCGUUGAUGCAGCAACCCAGUGUUCGCGACAGGAUCAGCCGCAUGCACUCGCCCGCUCAGGCACCCCGUGGCUAUGGCCAUGGCCAUGGCCGUGACCAUGCCCAUGGCAUGAGAGGUUCCUCGCCCGCCCCCAGUAUGCACGGUUAUAGCCACAGUUACGAUCAAAGAGCGAUCUCGCCUGCCCCGCCGCUGAGCCGGUAUGGAUACGGCAUGAGAGCAACCUCACCGGCGCCCACCACGAGUCACUCAUAUGGCAUGAGAGCAGCAUCGCCGGCACCACCCAUGAAUCAUUCGUACGGCAUGAGAGCAGCUUCACCGGCACCGUCCAUGGGUGGACACGCAUACGACAUGAGAGCUGCUUCACCAGCACCACCACCAUCGAGUCGACACGGCUCUGGAAUGAAUACAAUCUCACCGUCAAGGCCCAUCAGUCGGCACGGAUCCGGCAUGAGCGCAGCCUCACAAGCACCGCCGAUGAGUGGAUAUGGAUACGAUAUGAGAGCGCCAUCACCAGCACCUCCUAUGACCAUGAGUGGGAACCCGUACGACAUGAGAGCGCCAUCACCUGCUCCGCCCUUGCAAAUGUCUUAUUUCGGAACCCGGGCGCCUUCUCCACAACCAUCACCGAUGCAAUAUGGGUCAAGAUCACCGUCACCCACCCCGUCAUUUAGCUUCAAACCCUACCGUCCUGGAGCCGAACGUAGUUCACCUCCACCCCCAGCUCCACCCCCGCAUCGGUCUGCUCUUUUGAGUCGGGGAGGCUCAAACGCUUCUUACGAUAAUCGACCUCAAACACCAAGAGCCCCGUCGCCGGCUCCCCCCUCUCCCGGUGGUGCCAGUGGCUUCACACCAUCGCCUUUGAGGGAAGCCAUGGAUGGUGUGAUGGAACAGCUUGAUGCAUUAGGAGGGCCUCAUGAGGAGGAACCGCCUGAGCCCACCCCUCCUCUCGAUCCCUGGUCGCCCGAGUCAUUUGACAUGGUUCAUCAUCGCUCCAAGAAGAAGGCUCAAACCCAGGCAAGACCGCAAACCUCGAUGGGUGUCGCACUACAGGAUGAAGGAUAUGAAACGUAUAGUGGUGGAUCAUCGACUGAAAACACCUUUCACGGCAGCUAUCGGGAAGACCAACAAAAAACUCCUCAAUUGAGUAACUAUGUCGAGAGAAUGGAGACAAGGCUGCGGAAAAUGCAUCAGCACACCAUGAGUGCCGGUGCUCUUGAUGGAAGCGAUAUGCCCCCGCCCCCACCACCCAAGAAGCAGCAAUUUGAUCGACCAAAGUCCUCGUUAGGCGAUCGAACCGAAGAGCGGCCCAAAUCCUCCAUGGGGAAUAGGAGCGAAAGUGAUAGGAAGCUGCGGACGAAGAAGUCCUUCCAGAUUGUUGGACGUCAGGCUCUGAACCGGACCGCUACCACAAAAACAACUUCCACCGAGGCUACGAACAGCAGCGGUACUACCCAAAGCACCAACCACACUUUGAUGAGUGGAACAUCAGCUGGCGGUAUCAGUGCAACCAGCGCCGGCAGUCUGGCACGUAAGAACCGUGAUCGUGCUCGUAGUGCCUUAGGCUUCCGAGAUGCAGACGAAAUACCAGGUCUCGAUCGUCCCACGACACCCUUUUCGGGCGUUUCUUAUCACCCCAGCCAUUCUUCGUCUCAGUUCCGCUCCCAGUCUCAGGCCGGGUUCCAUGACGAAGGUAUCGCAGCCGUUGGGGGCCUCGUCUCUCCUGGCGCAGCAAAGCCGAAGAAGUCAAACUUCAUCAAGAGGAUUCUUGAAGCAACAAAGACCGGCGUAGCCAGCGGUCGUAACACAAUCGCUGCCGCAUCAGGCUCAGGGUCAUCCUCCCCAGUGAGAGGUGGGGGGCCGGACGGCAUAAGAGCAAUUGCAGGUGGAGCUAGCACCCCAAACCUCGCAAGAGAGAAUGCUAGAGACAUGGGACUGGCUGAUGGAGUUGACUGGGUCCAAGUACGACGGGACGUCAACCGGUCCAACACCUUGAGCAAGAACGAGCGCAACGAGCGAAGAGACCGGUGCCAGAUGCUAGAUUACCCUGCGAUCGACCCGGUCGAUGAGCUCUACGAGAGCAUUGAAGGCGAUGAAGACGCAGAGGGGCUUCCCGUGCGCGAUCCGGUCAAUUACCUAGCCAUCAAUCUGAGUCAGGUCGACAAGAAUUCUCGUUUCAUCAGAAGCCUUCCGCCAAUGACCACAGCCAUCACUCUUGCGACAACAUACGUUUGCCGCCCGUACCGGAGCGAAGUCCAGCGCCUCCGCGCUAUAUUUACCUGGGUUGCUGAAACGAUCAACUGGGAGGAGGACUUCGAAGGCGAAGUUGACACGAGACGAGUCAUUCAAACCAAAAGGGGCUGUGCAGAGGAGUAUGCUGCUCUUGUUCACGAAAUGUGUACAGCUGUUGGUAUCCAUUCCGAGAUUGUACGUGGUUAUCUGAAGACGCCCGGGGAAAUCCCGGAGACCAGCAUCAUGCCGCGGUCAAACCACUGGUGGAAUGCUGUUAUCGUUGACGAAGAAUGGCGCAUCAUGGACUGUUGUCUUGCUUCUGGAUCGAACCCACGCCGGGCUCAGUAUUCAAGCUCUACUAGUGCAAAUGCGGACCUGUGGUGGUUCCUCGCUCGGCCAAGUGAGAUAUGCUGGACUCACAUUCCCGAGCAUCAUGCGCAGCAGCAUGUCUGUCCGCCCGUAGCUCAUGAAACCCUUCUCAAUCUUCCUGGUGCUUGUCCACCGUACUUCAAGAACGAAAUGGCAAUGGUCGACUACAAUACUUCCUUGACGCGUAUUGAGGAUCUCGAGAUGGUGCACAUCAAAUUCAAUGUCCCGGCGGACGUCGAGGUGGCAGCUGAGGUUGAAGUCCGUGCUUUUUCACGCGAUUCAGACGGUGAUUUUUUCGAGUCCGGAGAAGUCGUCAAGAAGCGCGCUCUUGCGCAAGCAGAAUGGUAUGAUGGAGCCAAGCGAUACACCGUCAAAGCUCUUCUUCCGGGAGACGAAGGUCAGGGUAUCCUGAAAGUCUACGCCGGGAAACGUGGUCUCAUGCAUAGCAUCAAGGACAUACCACACCCACUGGCUUUUGCGCUACCCAUCAUCCAUACCGGCGAAAACCCGCCGUACGAGUUUGUGACCCGGCAUCCCACGCCCCACGCCCAAAAGCACGAUAUCUACGUAGUACAGCCUCAAUGCCAGCGUUUGGCACUGAACAACACGUUCGUGUUUGCAAUCCGCCAGCAUCCCUCGACGCCCGCCGGGUCGCCCUCAACCAAUCCUGGCGGCACGAGUCCAAUUCCUUUCAUGAGGCCGACCAGCGCCAUGAGUGUAACGAGUUCUAACCCUAGCAAUGCUAGCAGCAGCGGUUAUGGCGGAGGCCCCAUCAACGGCAAGAAGCCAGCGAAGUUGGCAAUCCAGACGCCGGGUGGUAAAAUCCUGCGCUUGAUGCGCAAGGAAGAGCGCCGAGGCAUAGGUGCUAGCAGCCGCACCAUCGGUGUUGAAGAAGAACUUAGUGACGGAGGCACUUGGGAGACCAUCAUCAAGUGCUCUGAACGUGGCGUCUGGCGAGGGUUGGUGCUCGCUGAUCGCACUGCGCGAUGGUGUGUCUUCGCAGAAUGGAUUUGUGUUGGCUAA